AUGGAUGAUAUGUUCAAGAAGGUAAAAACCAAGAAGCCGCCCUCAACAUUUUUUUAUAGCAAGAAGGUGGGUCAUCUCCUGACGCAAGCAAAUGAGUGCUUUGUUCAAGACGAUUUUGAAAAAGCCAUCAAGAAACUAAAAGCUGCUAUUAAAAUAGCGCCUACAUGCCAUCAGGCAUAUUAUUUGUUGGGAUUAAUACAUGAAGAAAAAUCAGAGUUUCUGGAGGCUUAUGAAUUGUUUAAAAUGUGUUUCAACAUUAAGAAAAAAGACCCGAACUUGUUAAGCAAGUUGUAUGAUUAUAGCAAAUUUCUUGAUAAAAAGGAGGACUGUUUGCAAUUUAUCGAAAAAAUGAACGAUGAUAAACUUUAUGAGGAGAAACUGAACCUUUGUAGGUUACUGAAUCAGGAGGAUCGAGCACAUGAGGCGAUUAUAAACCAUGAAAGAGAUUUUACAUUCGAAUUUUUGAAGAGUCUGAGCACUAAAAAUUUGAAAAAGGCUGUGCAAAAAUCUAUAGAUAAAAUUAUUGAUGAGUACGUAACAGGUUGUGUGGAGGAACCUCAUAAUGAGGCACAGAGACAAAUAGAAAACGGUAAGUUUGAUUAUAUAAUUGAUACAUUGUAUAAGGAUCAUUCGUACGAUACAAUUUAUCAGAUCUAUAAGAAAUAUAGUAGCACUUUUCUCAGCACCAAGAAUAAGUUAAUUUUCACGAUUAGCAGGAUAAAGACAAACAACUACUUAUGUGCUGAAAUUUGGACUGAAAACGAGGAGUUUGAAUACGAUGAUAUGUACAGAGACUUGUUUUUUGAACUAGGUGAACUUAAAAACGAUGUGCUUGUAUUUUUGAGCGAUAGAGGAACAGUAGAUGUGAGAAAAGAAGCUUUGAAACGGUUAGCAGACAAAAGUGAACGAUGUCAGACAAAGCAUACUGACGAGCAUAAAUGUAACUUGUUCUAUUAUUUGAAAUACUUUGAUCUGGACCCCGAUGAUAGCCAUAUUCGAAUGCUUAUCUACUCAAUAUAUAAAGAACAGGGAAAUAGUGAUGAAGCAUUUAAAUACUCGGAGUUAAGCUCAACUUCGCACAGCUAUGAAACUACAGUUCAAUUUUUUAAAAGUGUUAAUGACAAGAAAGUGAUCAGAUAUACGAGUAAAGAGUGCAAUGAAAUUCGCAGAAUAUAUCAUGAGACACUGGAACUGCGUAGAAGGUUUCAAGAGCUUAAUGAAAAGGAAUUAGACAAUUUUUUGAAAAUCAAUAAUCUGCUGUUGCAUGAUUUCUUCAAUAACCUAUUUAUUUUUAACCCGAGCUGUCAGCGACUGAACAGUUUUUUUACGAGAAGCGACAGACAGGAGGACUUUGACGAAGUUGUUUUCCAAAGCUUACAUGGAUUGUAUGCCGAAGAGUGGUAUGAGGUUAUCAAGGGUAAUUUCCUAUAUACUGUGAGCAACGGAACAGAAGAGCCGUUUUCUAUUCUAUAUAAGUCUUUAGAUGCCACAAUAUUUAAAAACACCAGCUUUUAUUUCGACAUAAUAUUUAUUCUGAUCAAAUUUUCAACCAUUUUUGGUAAUGUGAAGUUUUUAACUAAGGCUAUCAAAAAAUUUCAUGUUAAGAACCAUACUGCGUUUAAUCUCUAUCACUUUUUACUGAAUUUUUUUGUUGACUAUUGCAAUUCAGAUUCUUUCAGAACAGCUUAUAACAAUUUGAGACGAAUUUAUCUGCGCCAUGUUGACAAAAACAUCAAGCUCUAUGAUGAUUUUACUUUUCUUUCUUCAAACUUACCGCUCUUUCUGUACACCGAGACACUGGACAGAAUCGAUCAAGUCUAUGGUAAUGUAGAAUUAAGCGAUGUCAACACUGUUUUAUUAGCGAUAAUAUAUUUCAAUAAUUCAAAGAGUAGACGUAUCAGCAAUAGGAACUACUAUAUUGAAAAGGGAUUUUCGCUGCUAAAGAGAGCUCUUGAUCACAAUUGUUCAGAGGAGGGUCUUAUAAUGUAUAAUUUAGGAAGAGCAUACCACCAUUUCGGUCUUCAUGGUCUGGCAGAGACUUGUUACAAAAAAUGUUUGGACACCAAGUUCAAAAGACUAGCAGCAUUUAAUCUCAUACUAAUAUACAAGUCAAGCCAUUCGAAUGAUAUGCUUCGACACUUUAUAUCAACUCUAGACUUUUAA